AACCCGGAUCGUGUUACUAUUCAAAGUGUCAAAGCCUUCCGCUUCAUAAUCGAUAUUUGUACACAUUUGAUGUGUGUGAAAAGAAUCUUAUAUAGAUUUAUUAUUCGAACCUGUUGUUGGCGUAUUGAUCAUUCAACAUUGAGUUAAGCGGUGAUACUAGCAGCCUUCACGCAGUCGAGUGCUGAAGUCUUUCCAGCUGAAGAGCUGUUUACCCUAGCGAAGGAGCACGCCGCAGGAGACUCUUACCGAGUGCUGUUUAAGAGGAUUCUGCGACUCCCAGAGCUUUGCUAUGGCCCUGUGGAGAUGGAUAGUGGUGUUAAGCACCAUAAGUACUGCGGUGCUGGGCCAGGGAUAUCAGGACUUUCACACAGCUCACGAGCGGUGUGAGCGUAUAGCCAUCACCUUCUGUUCCGACAUGAAAUAUAACAUGACCAGUAUGCCAAAUAUCGUGGGACAUAGGACUCAAGAUGAGGCGGGCUUGCGGGUACAGGAGUUUAUUCCAUUGAUUCAAAUAGGAUGUACAGGACUGAGCACGAGUUUAUUAAAGUUUUUUCUGUGUUCGCUUCAUGCGCCUAUGUGCACCGAACAAGUCGAUGAGAUACUGGUAAUACCCCCAUGUAGGACUAUGUGUCAAAAAGUGAAAGAAAAAUGCGAGCCAGUACUACACCGAUUCAACUUCAAUUGGCCAAGUAUGUUAAACUGUUCAAAUUUCCCUGACAAAAAGGGAAAACUUUGUAUGGAAGCUCCAAAAGAUAUGGAAAUUCCAAGUGAAGCUGAACGUGAUAAACACCCUAUUGAUUUGGACCGUUUACCUGCGGGAAUUGGUAUUUCACAGAGCCCAUGGGACAACACAGGAUGGGACAAAUUACAGGAAUUCCUUAAAGAAAGAACAACCACAACUACAACUGUUCCAAGCACUCUGACAUGUACGGAUAGAUUUUUACAUAUCAGUAAACAAGGAGAAAAUGAUACAUGUGCACCCAAGUGUAACAUAGAUGUAUAUUUCCGACAUAGUGACAAAGAAUUUGCAUUUAUAUGGAUGACAAUCUGGGCCUCGUUAUGCUCACUUUCUACCCUAAUUACAGUGUUCACAUAUAUCAUAGACACAUCAAGAUUCAAGUACCCAGAAAGACCCAUCAUCUUCUUGUCUGUGUGUUACUUGAUUUAUUCCACAGCCUAUAUAAUACGGGCCAGCAUUGGUGCUGACCCAAUCUCUUGUGAUCAUAGCAAGAAAGGAGACUUCUUAAUUCAAGAGGGUCUUGAAAGCACUUGGUGCAUCGUCGUUUUCUUGAUUCUUUAUUUUUUUGGUAUGGCCAGUUCGAUUUGGUGGGUGAUUCUGACAGUAACAUGGUUUUUGGCUGCGGGUAGGAAGUGGGGAGAGGAAGCAAUAGAGGCUCUGAGUAGUUAUUUUCAUCUUGCUGCCUGGGCCAUCCCAGCCAUCAAGACCAUUAUUAUCCUCACAAUGAGGCGUGUCGAUGGGGAUGAGCUGACUGGAUUAUGCUAUGUUGGACAUCAAGAUAAGACAGCAUUAACUGCAUUUGUUCUAGCUCCACUGUUUACUUAUCUCCUCCUUGGAACAGCAUUUAUACUAGCCGGGUUUGUUGCCAUGGUGCACAUCAGGAAAAAUUUGAAAAACAAUGGGGGACAGAACCUCAGAAAACUAGAAAAACUCAUGGCAAAAAUAGGAAUCUUUUCUGUGUUAUAUACUGUGCCAGCCACCUGUGUGGUUGGGUGUUUAUUCUAUGAGCAGCUAAAUGCUGAUGCUUGGAGACAAAUAGCAAUGGCCAGACCAUGUAAAGAAACAGAGUUUGGAGCACAAGACUGUAGUUUAGAAGCCUCCAUUCCCACAGUGGAAGUUUACAUGCUCAAAAUCUUCAUGUCUCUAAUUGUUGGCAUCACCAGUGGGAUGUGGAUAUGGACAGGGAAGACGAUAAACUCAUGGAAAAUGUUUUGCUCAAGGAGAUUUUCUCCACGAAAGUCCACCACAAACGUUCCCAGUCCAACCGUGGUGAUGGCAUACCCAGCACCUCAACAAGCCACUGUAGUUAAAAUGGUCCCCGCGGGUCAGAAAGACAAGGACGUAGUGGGGGUCAGGGUGUGAUACUGAGGGGCUGUGGAAAGCUUUGAAGUAUGAUCAUACUGCCGUUCAAGUGGCCAAAAUCCUUUAAGUUAAGAGAGACUUUAUUUUUAUUUAACCCCAACUUCAACAGAGUUGUUGAAUUUUCCUGGUUUACAAAAUUGUGCAAUGAAUAAGCGAGGAGAGCUACAGUUAAAAUAGCUUUUGUGUGAUAAGUGUUGACUUUAAGUGGUAAUCCGCAGCCAGUUUGCAGAGUAAUUGCAAAUGGAUACCUGAUUACAAUAGGCUUUGUACUACAGAGAACUCAAGGCAGUUAACAAUCGGCUAGAUUGUUUGUACUUAAACGUAAUCAAAGCCUUGGAAUUCUCCGGUUCAUCCUGGAAGAUGAGUGAUAAGACUUCUAUGUGAGCACAGAUACUAAUUUAUUUGGAAGGUACCCAUAAAGUGGGGGUCGGUCCCUGUGCAUUUAGUUCGUUCUUUUGUUUGCUUUGUCCCACCGUGCCAUACAGGUAAUUCAUGUGCACUAGCCGGAAAGGAGAGCCCGUAUGAGUUUAAUUAGAUGGGGUAUUGUUAAAGUGUGUUGUAUAAACACAGCAAAUUUAUUCAGUUUCGACAUAGAGAUCCAAAAGUCUGCCGUUUUGGAUCAGGUACUGAAAGAUAACGUCUGGUGCCUCUCGAUAAAAAUCAGGAAACUUGAAAGAAUUUUCUGCACCGGGACCAAUCGCCCUUGGUCUUUAAAUGGGGAAUUUCUAUUGAAGUGGAAUGAUAUCAAAGGGAAUGGAUUUUCCUUAGUCUUCUAUUUGAGUUGAAUGUUUUGUUGAUCAUAGAACUAUAGGCAGAUGAUAUUUUUCUGACCUAAAUGCUACGGCAGCCAGCUGUCACAAGGUGAAGCGGGGCUGAUUGAUGAUGGAAGUCUUCAUAUGAACUCUAUUACUCUGAGAUGUCAAACAGAUACUUUAACAUUGUAGUGGUUCACAUAUUCUUGCCGUUUGUUUAUUUUUAUUUUAGGUCUGCAGAAAUUUUUGCAAGACUCGUUCUGCUGGUGCUAUAGUUGCAGUUUACUUACGAUGCCAAUAAUCGCGCAUCCUUUUUUUUUUUCACUUCCGGAAACCUGCAUUUGCCACCCGUACUGAUAAUUUAGAUCGUUUUUGAGUGAUCAUUAGAACCAAGGUGAACAAAAUUGUGCACAGUAAUUCUUUUUACUUUUAUUUAUAUUUAGAAAUAUCGUGCAGGGUUGGGAUAGUACUUAAAAUAGUCACCUUGUGUUAAUUCGCACGUCACUAAUAAUGAAACAUGGGAGUCCAUGCUUCAAACGCAAUACUGAAUCGAUUAGUAUGUAAGGGAACUUUUAUUUCACGUUUGUAACAUAAAAUGUGGAGUUGUAAUUUUGUAACAAAGCAGUUAAGCUGGUGUUUUUGAUUUCAAUCACUCGGCCGUUUGGAUCGAAAAUUAUAAUAAAACGCUCGAUAUAUUUGUCACAA